AUGACAAGUGCGAGGAUGUUAUUAGCUAGUGGAAUGGCAUUCACGGAGGGCUGGGCUCUAUACGCUGAGAAUCCGCUGAUCGCUACAGAAACAGACGCUUACGCCGACAAACCGCUGCAGCUGUAUGGCAUGAUCAAGUGGCAAAUAUGGCAGGCACUGCGCUUGAUGAUAGACUCUGGACUUCAAUAUAAGGUCGGUUGAAGUAAAUAAUUUUUUUGUUUUUUGUCGAAAAUAGUCCAGGCCUGCAUUUGUUUUCCUUUGUAGUACUCUGCGAUUCGUCUGGAAAACUCGUGUAACUCCGCGAGUGGAUCACGUAUAUUUUUCUGCACUCGAAGCUGAAUACGCGUUUUCACAUUCAAAUCACAUAUGUGGCAUUCCCACUACAUCUGAUUGGUCGUCUUGAUUACUUCAAGCUUCGUUUCUGCGACACGCAAUGCGAAACAGCUGCAGGAAUAUCGGAACCUGAGCACUUGUGAAAACGAAAAUUGUGUAAAUAAUCUGUCUCUUUCACUAGUACCCUUUGAGGAUUGGCAAUCAUAUUUUCUCUCCAGGAAUGAAACGACGGGAAGCGUCGACACUCUUUGCCGAGAAAGCCUGGGUCAGAACUGACAAAGCCAAGAAAGACGUUACAAGGUAUCAAAGCAACCCGGAUCAGGCCAUCGCGAACAUGAUUGGUCAGCUGCGGAUUUGGCAAGUGCAAAAUGAUACUAAGGCCAGAAUUUAGGCACAUAAAAAGAAUUUCAAUGAAAAAGACUUUCAUUAUCAGGUUUUAUCACAGGGAUCCUCGCCACUGACUCAUUUGGAAAGUCACAUGAAGAAAUUUGCGGACUGCGUCAUUCAGCCAUAUUCAGAGGGUUGCGAGUACAUUAUAAGGAGCCUAAGUGACGAAACAGUCAUGGAUAAGGUUGCCAAGAAGCCCCAUAAACCAUUUCGAGACAAACCAUAUCAAGAACACUUUGAUUGA